ACAUCGGAAUAAAAGGUUGGUAAAUACGAAGAAGAAGCUACGCACGCCACACGUGUUUUUAUUUACUUACAUAUUAAAAGAAACUAUUCUGUUAAAAACCAAGCCAACAUGUAUCUAAUGUAUACUAUUAACGAAAACGGAGACCGUGUCUACACUCUGAAGAAACGCACUGAGGAUGGCCGUCCCACCUUGUCCGCUCAUCCUGCCCGAUUCUCGCCGGAGGACAAGUACUCUCGUCAUAGGAUCACCAUCAAGAAGCGCUUUGGUCUGCUGCUGACACAGAAGCCAGAGCCCAUCUACUAAGCCGGCAUUUAAGUUAAUUAGUGUACAAUCUUUAUUUACAAAUAAUAAGUAACAAUUCCUAA